AUGGAUGAAGAGUAUGAUGUCAUCGUUCUAGGCACGGGUCUCAAGGAAUGCAUUCUCAGUGGUUUACUCUCUGUUGAUGGCAUGAAAGUACUCCAUAUAGACAGGAAUGAAUAUUAUGGAGGAGAGUCCACCUCACUCAAUUUGAAUCAGCUUUGGAAGCGCUUUAAGGGAGAUAAUCAGCCUCCAGAGCAAUUUGGCGCCAGCAAAGAGUACAAUGUGGAUAUGAUUCCAAAGUUUAUGAUGGCAAAUGGAACUUUGGUACGUGUGCUCAUUCAUUCAAAUGUUACCAAGUACCUCAAUUUUAAGGCAGUAGAUGGUAGUUUUGUCUACAAUAAGGGAAAGAUUUACAAGGUUCCGGCAACUGAUGUUGAGGCACUGAAAUCACCAUUAAUGGGGUUAUUUGAAAAGCGUCGUGCUCGAAAGUUCUUUGUGUUUGUUCAAGAUUUUGAUGAGAGUGACCCCAAAACUCAUCAAGGGAUGAACUUGGACACAAUCACUGCAAAAGAACUUAUUGCAAAAUAUGAACUGGAAGAUGACACGAUUGAUUUCAUAGGCCAUGCUCUGGCUCUCCAUAUUACUGACAGUUACUUAGACCAGAAAGCUCUCGAUUUUGUGAAGAGAGUGAAGUUGUAUGCAGAAUCUUUGGCACGCUUUCAAGCUGGAUCUCCUUAUAUAUACCCACUAUACGGACUCGGCGAACUGCCCCAGGCAUUUGCACGUCUAAGUGCAGUUUACGGUGGGACUUACAUGCUAAACAAGCCUCAAUGUAAGGUUGAGUUUGAUGAAAGUGGAAAAGCAAUUGGAGUAACAUCUGAAGGAGAAACGGCCAAAUGCAAGAAAGUCGUAUGUGACCCAUCAUAUUUACCUGAUAAGGUCCAAAAGGUUGGAAAGGUUGCUCGUGCCAUUUGCAUUAUGAGUCAUCCAAUCCCGGACACCAAUGAGUCUCACUCGGCCCAAGUCAUUCUCCCACAAAAGCAACUUGGUCGUAAAUCUGAUAUGUACUUGUUUUGUUGCUCAUAUGCUCAUAAUGUGGCCCCAAAAGGUAAAUUUAUUGCAUUUGUUCUCACGGAAGCCGAGACUAACAAUCCCGAGGCUGAACUUAAGCCUGGAGUCGACCUUCUUGGACCAGUCGAUGAAAUAUUUUAUGAAACUUAUGACAGAUUUCAACCCACUAAUGACAAUGACAUUGAUCAUUGUUACAUAUCCACAAGUUAUGAUCCGACAACACACUUCGAGACCACAGUAACAGAUGUGCUCGCUAUGUACACCAAGAUAACUGGAAAAGUUCUCGAUUUAUCCGUGGACUUAAGUGCAGCUAGUGCUAGUGCUGAGAAAUAA